AUAAAAUUGACAAAUCAAAAGAUUGAAAUAGAAAACAAAAAUGGACUACAUUUCUCAAAAUGGCAAAUAAUUUUUAUUCAUAUUUAUCAACCUCGAAAUGACCUACAUAUAUAGAGACACAAAGAUCACAACAAAAUCAACCAUUCCUUUCCUUAUCUUCUUCCUCUUUUGCUUUUCUAAUCUCUCAAUGGCUACCUUAAAACACAAACCUGUAAAUUUGGUAUUUUACGUUUAUAAUUUGAUUAUUAUAUUCUCCUCCCAUAGUUCCACGGCGGAGCUCCGCAGGCUACUGCAGCCAUCAAAAACCGAUGGUACAGUGAGCUUUCUCGUUAUCGGAGACUGGGGAAGAAGAGGCUCCUAUAAUCAGUCCCAAGUAGCUCUUCAGGUUACUUCUUAUUUUCAUUUACAAGUUAUUUACUAUAUUUCUCGCCUGUACGCAUAUAUAUAAAUAUAUAAUGCAAAUUCAAUAGUGUAUAAUUAAUACGUAUUACGUAAACAUAUAUAUGCGUAUGCCUUCAAGAGCAUACGUGAUAUGAGGAUCAAAUUUACUGGUCUUCAUAUUAAUGCCGGCCCUUAUGUUUUUAUAUUAUUCUUUUUUUUUCUUUUUUUUAUUAUUAUUAUUCAAUUUCAAUAUAUAUUACUAAUUCUUGAACACCAUGUUAUAAGAUACCAUAAAAAGAAAGAAAGUCAUGUUAGAGGAACUUGAAAGAUUCGGUCUGUGUUAAGAAAACAGCUUUAGUGUACGAAGAUAUUCUACAUAUGAUUUUUGUUUGUACUGUUGUUUUGCAGAUGAACUCAAUGUGAUGGGAGAAAUCGGAGAGAAAUUAGAUAUCGAUUUUGUGAUUUCUACUGGAGAUAAUUUUUACGACAAUGGUUUAACCAGCUUGCACGAUCCUCUAUUUCAAGAUUCUUUUACCAACAUUUAUACCGCUCCGAGCUUGCAGAAACCUUGGUAUAGUGUUUUAGGAAAUCAUGAUUAUAGAGGUGACGUCAGGGCACAACUUAGCCCUAUGCUCAGAGCUCUGGACAACAGAUGGGUUUGCAUGAGAUCUUUCAUUGUAAAUGCUGAGAUCGUCGAUUUGUUCUUCGUCGACACAACUCCGUUCGUCGAUAAAUACUUUAUUCAACCAAAUAAGCAUGUUUAUGACUGGAGCGGUGUAUUACCUAGGCAAACAUAUCUGAAUAAUCUCUUAAAGGAACUCGACGUGGCGUUGAGAGAGUCAGUCGCAAAGUGGAAAAUAGUGAUUGGUCACCAUACGAUCAAAAGCGCAGGCCACCACGGGAACACCAUUGAGUUGGAGAAACACCUUUUACCUAUUCUCCAAGCAAAUGAAGUGGAUCUCUACGUAAACGGACAUGAUCAUUGCUUAGAGCACAUAAGCAGCGUGGACAGUAACAUACAAUUUAUGACAAGUGGAGGUGGAUCCAAGGCCUGGAAAGGAGGUGACGUGAACUACGUUGAACCAGAAGAGAUGAGGUUUUACUACGACGGACAAGGUUUCAUGUCGGUUCACGUUUCAGAAGCUGAACUGCGUGUAGUCUUUUAUGAUGUUUUUGGACACGUUCUGCAUCAUUGGAAGAAGACUUACAAGGAGGCGCUUUAUUUCGCUUCUUGAUUCCAAUUUAAUCGGACGUAAUUGUUUAUGAUCGAUGUACUAUGAAAUUAUCAAUAUCGUACUUCGUCGAAUUUUCGAAUCACAUUAUGAUAUGACAAGAACAUAUCAGCAGCAUCAGAAAAAAAAGUCAAUGAAAUCUUUAUUGCGUAAAA